CAUACUGAAACAGUGAGACAGAUGGCUCCCUCAACUCUCACAGCUCUAGCAGAGGAGAAGACGCUUCAAUCAAGCUUCAUCAGGGAUGAAGAUGAACGUCCCAAAGUGGCCUACAACCAAUUCAGCAACGAGAUUCCUAUCAUUUCUUUAAAGGGUCUUGAUGACACUGACGGUGCAAGACCUGAAAUUUGUAAAAAGAUUGUGGAAGCCUGCGAAGACUGGGGGAUUUUCCAGGUUAUUGAUCAUGGGGUUGAUGACAAACUCAUUUCUGACAUGACCCGCCUCGCUAGAGAAUUCUUCGCUUUGCCACCUGAAGAGAAGCUCCGAUUCGAUAUGUCAGGCGGCAAGAAAGGGGGAUUUAUCGUCUCAAGCCAUCUACAGGGUGAAACUGUGCAAGACUGGCGUGAGAUUGUGACAUAUUUUUCCUAUCCAAUUCGGGCAAGGGAUUCCUCAAGGUGGCCAGACAAGCCAGAGGCAUGGAGGGCUGUGACAGAGAAAUAUAGCGAGAAGUUGAUGGAGCUGGCCUGUAAACUGUUGGAGGUAUUAUCAGAGGCAAUGGGAUUGGAAAAGGAAGCCUUAACUAAUGCAUGUGUGGACAUGGACCAAAAAGUUGUGGUGAACUUUUACCCAAAGUGUCCACAGCCUGACCUCACAUUGGGCCUCAAACGCCACACCGACCCUGGAACCAUCACUCUCUUGUUACAAGACCAAGUUGGUGGACUUCAGGCCACCAGGGACGGUGGCAAGACCUGGAUUACCGUCCAGCCUGUUGAAGGUGCUUUUGUUGUUAACCUUGGUGACCAUGGCCAUUACUUGAGCAACGGGAGGUUCAAGAACGCAGAUCAUCAGGCUGUGGUAAACUCAAAUUGUAGCAGGUUGUCCAUAGCCACAUUUCAGAACCCGGCACCAGAGGCAACUGUGUAUCCACUGAAGAUCCGGGAGGGUGAGAAGGCGGUGCUUGAUGCUCCCAUGACCUUUUCAGAGAUGUACAGGAAGAAAAUGAGCAAGGACCUUGAGCUCGCGAGGCUGAAGAAGCUGGCCAAGGAGCAAGAGUUGCAAGCAGUUGAGAAAGCCAAGUUGGAGGCCAAGCCCAUUGAUGAGAUUUUUGCUUGAAACCUCCAUAGUUUGUUGUUUCACUACUAUUACUACUUGUUUGUGUUAUGCAUUCUCAAAAUUAGUGUUGUGGAUUUCAUGAAUAAGAAUGUAUGUUGCCAGAAGCAAAGCAUGAACUUUUAUUCAGAUUUCUCAAAGUAAUUUCCAAGA